GCUGGAUUGCAGGCUCGCAGCAACGCGAGAAGGCGCAGGUUGUGUCCCGUGAGCUCCCGUAGUUUUUUUGUGAUCGAAAAUGGCGCUCGCCUCAGCAAAACAACUUCUCGACGAAUUAAUGGGCCGGGAUAGGAAUCUCGCGCCCGCGGAGAAGAAGAAUACUUGCAACUGGGAAGACCCCGAUGUUUGCAAGCACUUUCUUGCGAAGUUCUGCCCCAACGAUCUGUUUGUGAACACCAAAGCAGACUUGGGUCCGUGCAACAAAGUGCACGAUGACAGGCUGAAGAGGGAAUACGAGGAAAGUCCCCGAUACAGACAGGAAGGCUAUGAAGAUGCCUUUCUCCAGUUCUGCCAGUCAAUGCUUUCCGACGUGGAGAAGCGCAUCCGGAGGGCACGGCAGCGACUGCAACUCAGCAACCAAGAGGGUGGUGUGGUGAUCAAGACGAAGGAGCCUGCGGCACCAACGGACGAGCGGGUGAUUGUGCUGAAUGAGCGCAUCCAGGGCCUGCUGCAGCAAGUGGAGCAGCUCGGCUGCGAGGGCAAGGUUGAGGAGGCGCAGGCCAUCAUGAAGCUCUGCGACCAGCUCAAGGAGGAGCGCAAGUCUCUCGACAAGGACUCCGACAAAGCGCACUGGCUCAGGCAAACAGCAGAGCUGGCAGCUGCCCAAGAAAAACAGAUGGAAGUAUGCGACAUCUGUGGAGCCUUCCUCAUCGUUGGCGAUGCACAGCAACGUGUCGACGACCAUCUCAUGGGCAAGCAACACAUGGGCUACGCCAAGCUCAAGGAAGCUGUUGAGGAGAUUGUGAGUCGGCGUGAAAAAGAGCGAGAGGAAAAGGAGAAGCAGCGAGAGCGUGAAAGGGAGCGGAGACGGAGGCGCGAAGAAGAUGAAACUCGAAGUCGACGAGGACCCGAACCAGCUCGGGACGACCGGCGAGAGCGUGAUGAGAAGCGGCACAGGAGUAGGUCCCCACGCGACGAUCGAAGAGAACGCACUGAUGACAGAAGACGUGAUGAAGACCGCCGACGGGACGAUGACCGGAAACGAAAUGAUGAGCGCAAGCGUGACGAUGAGCGCAAGCGCGAGGACGAGCGCAAGCGUGAGGAUGAGCGCAAGCGCGAUGAUGAGCGCAAGCGUGACGAUGAGCGCAGGCGGGAGGAGGACCGGAAGCGUGACGAUGAUCGCAAGCGGGAUGAAGACCGCAAGCGGGAUGACGAGCGGCGGAAGGAGCGCAGCCGGCGGGACGAUGAGCGUAGUCGGAAGGAUGAUGAGCGGAGUCGAAGAGACGACGACCGGAGCAGCAGUAGGAGCGAGCGCAGCUCUCAUCGAGACUCACGGGAUUCGCGGUCGUCUGGACACGACCGGGACAAGCACCACAGCAGCAGUAGCAGCAGCAAGAGUGACCGUGACUCUCACCGCAGCUCAUCUUCUAGGGUGAGCAAUGGCGACUCCAGCCCCCGUCACUGAGAUGUCAAGUGAGUUGCUGGGGUCAACAGCGUUCUGGUGAAAACCUGGCAAGCAGAAAAGCACUGGCGGAAGAAGCGUCAACACUGCGGGCAUUGUGUUGGCAGCGACACCCCGAUGGCAGUCCAACCCAUGCUGGCAUUGGAGCCGCAAUAAGCAAGGAACAAAAAGACCCGCCGAGCCGCCACCAUCCGUUUCACCGAAAGAAGGUGCUCCUUUGCUUUCCGUUUGCCUCACAUCUUUAGUUGAGAGAGAAAGCAAAAAAGAAAGCAGACGUGUUCCCUUUCAUCGAUUCUUUUUCUUUUCUCUGUCCUUCCCUCCCCUCAUUACGAACUGCACUCAUCACUCCUUCCUUCCAUUCUUUGAAUCAACUUAGCUUGCCUUAAGUUAAUGUGGACGGUUUACAUGAACACAACAUUUGCCGAGUGUAAGCGAGUUACUGUUUUUACGUUUCUGCAUUUGCAGCAUCAGAGUUGAGAAAUAAAGAGUGGUGUUGUAGCAGUGCUA